GAAAUAGAAAAAUAGAAUUAUCAAUGCAUCGACUUUUAUAAUUAUCAGCAAUCAAAAACUAUACACUAUGUCAGAUUUCCUAGGUCAGUAUGCAUCAUUCUAGUUAUACCACACAGUACCUCUAAUAAGUCUUAUUCCAGACUACGCGCACGGAGAGAAUAAUUAUGGGCUUGCGCAGAUCGUUCAAUGGAGGUGGGGGUAGUUGGCUAAGGAGAAAUAAAGCCCCGAGCCCAGCCGGUGAAUGCGGCCACGGAUUGCGAAAUUUUCCUGGUGUUUCGUUCUCCCGGUUAAUGAUAGGAUUUCCAUCCGAAUCAAUUUGCUUCUUCUUGGAUUUAACAUUUUUCAGAAUAUAUUGGAACAUCGACAGUUACUUGCGACGUUUUCCUGGAUGUUGAGGCAUGCGCCCUAAAAACUCUGGAAUUGAUGUAUUGCAGAGCGCAGAUCUGCAUUUAUUACCUGCUGUGGAUAGUGACAUUGAGUUUAAAGUUUACUUUAGAACAAGAAACUACUACCACGAAAAAUUGGGAUUGCUCUGCAGAAUGUAUUUGUCUUUCUCCGAAACAGGUUCUCUGCAAUACAGGUGGGCUAAAAGACAUUCCCACCCAACAGUUACCUCAGACAAUAGAGGAACUUUCCUUAACGAAAAACAAUUUUCCAAUAAUAAAAGGAGAUGCGUUUGCUGGCUUAAAACUGUUACGGAAACUAACGAUGGAUGGUAAUAAUAUAUCGACAAUACGUCCAUUCGCAUUUCGAGGUUUAAAUAAAUUGCGCGAACUUUCUAUUCAGCAUACACCUUUACCAUUUAUCGAAAAAUUUUCGUUCGCAACUUUACAAAACGUAUCAGUAUUAUUAUUGGCAAAUAAUAAAAUACGAUAUAUCGAGGGUUAUUCAUUCGCCGGUACAUCCAACAUUCGUGUAAUACUAUUGAGCAAUAACCCAUUACUCAGAAUCCAGAGUCAUGCAUUUUCAGGUGUAACAAAUAUAGUUCGCUUAAUAUUUCCGUCAGGAAUAAGAACUAUUGAACCAGAUGCAUUCGAUGGCUUACAACAUGUUGGACUUUUAAAAUUAACUUAUAUGGACUUGUCUUCCCUGCAAUCUUAUACAUUCCGUGGCUUAUCUUAUGUGCAUUCAUUGAAUAUUCAGGAAAGUGACUUGGGUAUCGUUGAAAAGGACGCCUUCACUGGACUUGUUCAUGUUGAUCGACUGAAUAUAUUAAACAACAAAAUCGAUCUAAUCGAAAAAUUGUUUCUACAAUAUGAAAAUAGUAUAGAAAUGUUGAGAUUUCAUGGAAAUCAUGUUUUGGAAGCACCUCGUCAUGCCAGAGACAUUAAUUUAGAAGUGAACUCUAUUAGCGCUAUCGAUAACCAUUUUCCUUGUGACUGUCAAGCUCAUAAUGUAUUGGAAAGCGAUUUUGUCAAUGGCACUAUUACCGAGUUUCAGAAAAAAAAUUAUUGUAUCUCUCCAAUUGAAUACAAUGGAAAACCGAUGAAUUUUGUGGAUUUUGGUCUAAUUGCCAAAUGUUAUGAUAAUGUCGUCCAAGAUAAUUUGGGUUCUGGAGUUGUUGGAAUUUUUACAUUGCCAAUCACUUUAUUCCUCAUUCUUUUGUUCUCCAUGAAUUUCUUCCAAUAAAUUAAGAUCAGCUUUAUAAGAUUCAGAUGCAUAUCAUUGAAAUGUAAUUAAUAAUGGGAACAGUUUUAGCUAUUUUAUGAUUUAUUUUAAGAUAUAAAAUUUAAUAUUAUUAAUUUGUUAUUUUUAUAAAUUAUCGAAUUUAAAAACGAAAAAUGAAGCAACAAUUAAUUUCUUGAAAUUACUAAUCUCUUCAAUAAAAUCAUCGAUUUUAGCUCGUUAAACAUUAAUUAUUAAUAAUUAACUUAUUGAAGAGAUUAGUGAUAUUUAAUAUAUUUGAUAUCCUAAUAUAUAAUAAUAUUUUUCAGUACUGAAAUGAAAAUUUUUGAUACUUUUUUUUUUUUUACUUUAAAUUAUUUUCAUAUAUAUAAUAUAGAGCAUUGACAUAAUAUAAAUAACUUAAAAUUAAAAUUUUUUUCAAUCUUAUUUUAUACGAAAUAAAGUAUAUCAAUAGCAAUUUUAAUAGAUGUUUAAUAUUGUUGCACUUC